AUGGUGGGGCGGUAUGAGCAAGAAGAUGAUUACAAGAAGCCUUCAAGUGGAGGCUAUGGUGGUGGGAGUAGCUAUGGGGAAAGCAGGUAUGAAGAAGAUGAUGAGUAUAGGAAGAAGCCGAGUGGUGGUGGCUAUGGUGGAGGAAGGUAUGAGGACGAAGAUGAUUAUAGGAAGAAAUCUAGUGCUGGUGGAUAUGGAGGUGGAGGAAGAUAUGAAGAUGAGUACAGCAAGAAGCCGAUUGGUGGUCAUGGCGGAGGGAGGUAUGACGAAGAUGAUGAGUACAAGAAGCCCAGUGGUGGUGGAUAUGAUUAUGAGGCUUCCAGUGGUGGAGGCCAUGGAGGAAGGUACGAAGAAGAAGACUACAAGAAGAAGCCUAGUGGGCACUCAUGUCGACGUUAUGAGGAGGAGGGGUACAAGAAGACUAGUGGCCAUAGUGGAGGGAAGUAUGGCAAGGAGGAAGAGGACAAGAAGAAGAAGAAGCAUGGCGAGGAUGAGUUAGAGGGUGGCGAUAUUGGAGAUUACCUGAAGUUGGCACUGGCUUUCAUGAACAAACAAGAUGGGGAAGGGGGGAGUGGGGGCGGCAUGGGAGACUACUUAAAGCUUGCAGAAGGUUUCUUGAAGAAGCGCUGA